GGAACGACGCUACCUCAGGUAACAAGCACAUUUCCUUUUAAAAGGACUAGACCUGGAUUUAGAUAUUUUGACUUCAAACCAGAUUCAAACAUAUACGUUAUGCUGGCCUCGGCAUUUUUUCUCCUAUAACUAAAACCACAUAGAGUCACGUUAGUUUUUGGUAUUAGCCGACUGUUUGCUCCGUAAUUUGCGAUUUGUUCUCUGCUGGCUGUUGCAGUGUGUCUUCUUAUCUGUAAGAAGCUGAACAUUAUUCUUCUGUGUUGCUUUUAAACUCUGUCUGUCGUCAUGGCCACUUUUGUAGCAAAGCAGAUAAUGGGAAGCAAGCUAAACGUUGUCAAAGGACAACUCGCGGGAGACAAUGAUAAUCAAGAAGGUAAAAGCGAGGCUGACCAGGAAGAACAAGAACGUCUUGAGGAAUUGAAAGAGGCCGAAGAACGCAGAAAAGAAAAGCAUAGAAAGAUGGAGGAAGAACGAGAAAAGUUUAGACAGGAUAUUCGAGAUAAGUAUGGAAUUAAGAAAAAAGAAGAACCAACAAUGGAGACAGACCAAUCAGGUGCGACCCUUAAACCAGAAACACCUGGAGCAUUAAAAGCAGAAGCUGAAAAUGAAGAAAGCGAUGAUUUAAAGAAACUGAAGAGCAAUUUGGAAAACCAAGUAACGGAGCUCAAGUCUUCUGUGGAAGAGAAGUGUGUUCUUCAGUGACAGAAAAAAUUUCAGAUAUCCAAUGUUUUUUCUUCCGAGUUCUCUUUAGCACAAGUUACUCAACUUGAGUAUGUACAGUGAACAUGGUGAUAGGUUUUAGAUUACAAUUUAGCCCAUCAGAAACUCUAAGAACAAACUCAAAAUCUCUUUCUCAGUUGUGAUUUUAUCUUUCAGUUUGUUUAGAUUUGUCUAAUGUUAUCCGAUAUCCUUUAAGGACAAAAUACUUGGCACUCUUUCUUCUAGGAAACCCUUCUUCCCAGGAUAGAUAGCAAGUAACUUUUACUGUACUUAAAAGAACCCCGAGACCAAUUUUAUGAUUAGCACAUGUGCUUUAACUAAUCAAUUAGAAUACAGAGUGCCUUUUGAAUUCCUUAGUUUUAACAACCAGACUAUCAUUUUCAUUUGUGCUUGAGAUAAUGGGAUGGUUUAUGAAAGGGUUUAGUCAUUACUUUACCACUCAGCACUUCUGCACUGGCCUUAGAAAUCACUCUUUAUCGUGUUAUACUCACAAGUUUUUAUCCAAACAACGAAUUUUUAUAGCACCAUUUUUAGUCAACCCCUUUGUAGGUUCUGUUAUACACGAAUGAACCAAUGUAAAUAUAUUUUCUAGUAAUCCUCUUGUAGAUCAUUAGUACAGGACCAAUGGGUUAAUAAUUUGUGUUUCCGGCGUAAGGGUUCGCACUAUUAGGAACACAUGAACGUAGAAAUAGCGUAUGAUGGCAGAGACAA